UUGUUGAGGGUCAGAGGGCUAAAACAAAUUCCAAACCUGAUAAACAUGCUGCUGAGAUCGAGAAGGCAGCCGAUGAAUCCAUAUCUAAAGUACUAGACUGGUUUAAGAGAACUUCCAGUACUGCUGGUAAAGAACCAGUUUUGGUAAGCCCUUUGGCGGAGACGGAUAUGCUCAAGGCAAGAGAAGAUAGCGACUUGGGUACACAUGGUUUAAAUCUGGAUUUUGCUGCACGUGAAAGGAAAGACCCAACCAACAAAGAAUCUCUGUUCCACAAAGAACCAGAACUGUCAUUGUUUGCAAAGAAUGAAAACCCAGGCAACUUGUUGGUAGUGGAACAAUCUGUCAGCAAUCAGAGAAGAACAGAAGAUGCUGCAGCCUCUGAAGAUGAUGUGCUGACCUUUCCUGCUAGUGUGAACACGCAACUGCAAGUAGUUCAUCAAGGUGUCGACAAAGCUGCAACUGCAGUGGGAGCCAAUACUCAAAUGGGUGGUGAGAAUCCUUCGGUUGGGGAACAGAAGGCUUUUGAAGAUAAGAAGUCCAACCUGGUUUUUAAAAGUACUGAUGCUUCUUUUGGUGAAGUAAUGAAAAGGGAAAAUAAUAGACAGGCUUACACUGAUGGGGAGCAAGAUGUCAAGUUGCUUUUGGAGGAAGGAAGCUUUGAACCUCAGCCUGGAAAACCUUUUGAAGAACUUGGAGGUAAACCAUCGGAAUCUGAGGAAAAUACACAAUUUUCUGACAGAGGAAAUCCUAACUUGCAGCACCAAGAAAUCAAGCAGUCAUCUCUAGAGAAUAAGAAGAGAGUCAAGGACAUCAGGGCUUUGUGGGAAAGAGAGGAGACCCCCAAGCUUGAAAGUAAGGGGGAUGUAUUAAAUAAGAACACCUCAGCUAGUAACACAAUACUGAAUUCUAGUAAGGAAUCCCACAGAGUAAAACCAGUGGGGGGAUCUUCAGGAUAUGUGACAGCUGAAUCUGAUAGCGAACAAGGCAAAUAUAAUGUAGUUACUUUCAGAAAAGUGAUAUUAAAUGAGGAUGAAUCUGAACCAGAUGAUGAUGGCAGUAAAUUGUCUUCAGGGAGAAGUACUCCAAGGUUGAUUGACAGAUCUAAACAAAGCUAUCCUAUUGACACUUCAGGCAAAAUAUUUCCAGGUGACCAAAAGAAUGAAUUUUCAGAACAUUCAGAUGGAGUGAACCUUCGCCUGAGACCCAGCACAAAAGAGGGAGAAUGCUUCCAACCGAUUGUUUUAGAGAAAGAGAAGACAACCUCUGCUCAGAAACAAAUUUCCCACUUUCAGAUUCAUUCUUUAAAGGAAAAAUUAGAUGAGGAUGCCAAGGCUCAAAUGCUCAGCCCAUCACAGUUCCAAAGUCUGAGAAGCUUUUGGGAUGCGGGAGUGAAACCACAGAGCAGGACCGAUGAAUAUAACAAGGUGAUGGUAACAGUUCCCAGGAGUGGAAAGGGCAGAGCAAGGGAUUAUAAGGAAGAACCAGAAAUGUUAAAAGAAGUUGAAGUGAGAACUAGCCAGGCUGUUUUGGAAGACAAACAGGAAAAACAGAUUGCCCAAGAAGAAAAAAUGGACAAACCAAAUGCCAAGGUUUCAACUCAAAAUCUCUUGGAAGCCACCAGCACCAACUCAAAAGAAGUAGGGCCACCAGUGCCCUCUCCGUCAGUGAAUGCUGCUCCAAAGGGAAGUUUAGAAUUUGUCCUACCAAAAGACCCCUACUUAGAGGGGGGAAAUGUGCAUCCAGUGGAAGAGUAUAUAGGGAAAACAGAGGCCCCAUCACGAAGACAACUCAAUUCAUUUAGCAGUGACUUGCGGAAGCUAUUGAUGGAAGCAUCUCAGGAGUUCUUGCUAGCAACCCCGCCAGCUGAUGAGAAAGGGUUAGCAGCACAGGCUCAAAUGCCCUUGGAUGACCAAGCUCAGCAUCAUCAUCAGGGGGUUCCUGCGGAGAGACAAGUAGGAGUUUUGGCCAGUGAGAUCGCAGAGGCUGCAGACAGCACUUUGGCCCCAUCGAAAGCUGACGCCAGGGCUCUUGACGUGGGCUCAGAGAAUCAACUGAAGGGACCCUCAGAUGCAAAAACCUCUCCGAAACAUUCUGUCGUGGAGGAUGUUUCUGGACAAGCAGUUUCGCUGUCAGAACAAAGGCGUUUCUUUGACCAAGUGAUGAAGCGCAGCCAUGAUUCGUAUCCCAGCGGUCGACAGAAAGGCCCUGCGGAGCCUGAAGAAACAGAAGAAAUUAUAAACAAACAUACCACAUCCAGAGACCUUCAUGCUGGAUUUAACACAGGUACAGAGAUUAUGUCUAGAGCAACGGAAAAAUCUCAUUCAGGACCUGGGAAAGCUCCAGACAUGGAGGAAGGCCACAGACAUUUAGGUGACCAAGCUUCUCAGGGAGAUGUCUUCCAGAUUCCAUCUGUAAAACUAGUGCUGCCUGGUGCCGUUUUUGCCGCUCAGAACAAAGCAAACUCUCCAGCCACAGAAGUUUUUGAGACAGUAACAGAAGUUAAUGUCCCAUCCAAAAAGAAAUGUAGUGAUUUGAAUGCCAAAAUAGCCUGCCUUCUGAAUGCAUCCUCCACAAUGCCGUGUGUUUUGCCCACAACUGAAAAUGUUCUAAAAAUGCACUGCAAGGAUACUUCUGUUCUUGCUUCUCUCCAAGGGGCCAGUUCUUCGAGAGAGAUCAUGAGCAACACAAAUGCAAGUGAAGACAGUGGCCCUGUAUUGUCUACAGUGGAAAAUGAACUAGGUGACGAGGUGACUGUAACACUACCAUUUAAAAGCCAGAACAAUUUAAAAGCUGGAGGAUGUGCAGUUUCUGGUGAUGAGCAACCUGAAGAUGUGGCAGAGACGGUGGUGAAAGCUAUUAAAGCAAAUGCAUAUGAACCUGCUGCAUUUAAAGCCAGUUUGAGGAAAUUCCUAAAAGAGGACUCUGGAGUUACAGAGACACAAUUACAGACUGAUCAGAACGUGAACUCCAUUUAUGAAAAAGUAGCACCACAUCUUCCAGAGAUAAUUGAAAGGAUAGAAAAGACAACUCUUCCUUCUAAUACGAGGCAGGCUGAACUCAAAGCCGGCUUCCAAAAACUGCUUAAGGAAGAGUCUGAAAUUCUGCCAACCGACCAGGAAAGCAAGGCUAAUAACAACAGAACGCAAGUAGAGGGUAAGUCUAAUUGGAGGGAAGAGUUAUUUGACCAACAGGAAGAAGGUCAAGAAAUUAGUGAAACUGUAAACAAAACUGCUUCUCCAUCCAACGAGAAGCAAACAGAAUUUAAUUCUGGCUUGCAGAAAGUACUUGAAGAUGCUACCUGGAUGCAGUCUAUUCAACUGGCAUCUUUAGAUGGCCCAGAAGGCAUCAAGGAAUUUCCUCCAGAAGCAAAAGAAACAGUAAUAAAAUCGACCGCCCCAGCAAAAGAUGAUACAGUAUUCAACUCUAACUUAGAAAAGCUAAUUAGGGAAAGCGCUGGUGCUUCCUUGCAAGUGUCCAUGGAAGACCACCCAGAAGUUCUGGAUGACUCAGCAUCUCAAUUAAAAAAGCAAAACUCCUCUGUAAAAAGGCUAGCUUCAGCUGCCAAUGCACCAAAUGAGUUUCGUGCUGAAGUUAAAAUACCGCUCAAGGGAAAGCCUUUUAAACAAGGUGACCAAAUUGUAGAGGGAGUCCCUGAAAGAAUUACGGUUUUCCAAAAGACUGUUCAGGUUAACACAUUGUCGGCUGAAGCUGCGCAUCCAGGCAGAGGAAAGGAUUCUCCUAGUUGCUCUAAGACGGAUGAGAGAGAGAGAGAAUAUGAAAGAGAGGUGGGAGCAGAGGUAGCGACGGCAUCCUUAGGUGAUGCAAACGAAGCCGGUGCUACUGAUGUGCUCCAGAGAUCUCAAAGCUCAAGCAGCCCAUGUGCAGAAGAGCAAACCCCUCUUAGAGUAAGUAGAGUGGAGCUACGUCUUGGUACCCAAAAUGCUGAUGGCAAGAACAAAGAAGAUGAAGAUGACAGGAGUUUUGGAUCAGAUCUUUCCAAUGAAAACAGCAGUUAUUUUGUGAGGUUCCAAAGAAGCAGAACACGUUCAGAAGAAGAGCCAAGCCCAGUUAUGGAGGCUUUGAAAAGGAGUUCAAAUAGGCAAAUUCCUUCCCAAAGUCUAGAGGACAUUCCGUCAGCCACAUCAAAUAAAAGAAAAAUAAACCUUCCAAAGGAAGACUAUAUGCUUAGUGCUGAAGAUGACCAGAAAGCAGAUCCCCCAGAUGGGACAAAUGAGAAUGUUCCAGGAAUUUCCACAGCACCUUCUUUUCCUGAUAGCCAGUUCUCACGUCCAGAAAAAAUCAAACAGAUGAGCAAAUCAGUCCCGGUGUUUGUGCAGGAAGAGAGCGAUGACAGAGAGACAGAUUCAGCAUCAGACAAGAGUUAUCCACUUGGCAGGAUUAAGAAGAGCCCCAGUUCCCUAACCAACCUUAGCGGCUCUUCUGGCUUGGCCUCCUUGUCUUCUGUGAGCACUAGCGUGAUGAGCGUCUACAGUGGAGAUUUUGGCAACAUAGAUGUUAAGGGAAAUAUCCAGUUUGCCAUUGAUUACGUGGAGCAGCUGAAAGAGCUCCACAUUUUUAUUGCCCAGGGGAAGGACUUGGCCGUUGCAGAUGUGAAGAAGCAGCGCUCAGAUCCGUAUGUGAAGAGUUACUUGUUACCGGAGAAAUACAAACUGGGCAAAAGAAAAACAUCUGUGAAGAAGAAAACAUUGAAUCCUGUCUUUAAUGAGAUCUUGAGGUACAAAGUUGACAAGGAGCUCUUGGCAACGCAGAGACUGAAUAUUUCUGUCUGGCACAACGACACUUUCGGGCGCAACAGUUUCUUGGGCGAAGUGGAGCUUGACCUGGGAAGCUGGGACUGGAAUGACAAGCAGAACAAACAGAUGAUCUGGUACCCCCUUAAACCAAGAACUCCGCUGGCUUCUCUUGAAGCAGAGAACAGAGGGGAAAUAAAGAUAGCUCUCCAAUAUGUCCCACAGCCUACUGGGGGUAAAAAGACUCCGGCCACUGGAGAAGUCCAUAUCUGGGUGAAAGAAUGCAACGACCUUCCAAUUCUCAGAGGCAACAAGCUCAACUCCUUUGUUAAAUGUACCAUUCUUCCAGAUACAAGUAGAAAAAGCCGUCAGAAAACAAGAGCUGUAGCAAAGACCACAAAUCCGAUAUUCAACCACACUAUGGUCUAUGAUGGCUUCAGGCCUGAAGAUUUGAAAGAAGCGUGUGUAGAACUCACUGUGUGGGAUCACAACAAACUGGCCAAUCACUUCCUGGGAGGACUCAGGAUAGGACUUGGAACAGGUAAAAGCUACGGUACACCAGUAGACUGGAUGGACUCUACGUGUGAUGAAAUUAACUUGUGGGAGAGGAUGAUCAAUUCUCCAAACACGUGGGUGGAAGACACUCUGCCCCUCAGGAUGCUGACAAUAGUCAAAAUGGCAAAAUAGGAUCACUGCAAUUGGUCACUUCCAGAUUUUAUUGCUUGUGGGUGUUUUUUGAGUGGAGAGAAUUACCAAACAGCUAUACAGAGAUGAUCUUUUAAGGGGCAAAUUUCUUCCUGUGUAAUUUCAACAGCGAGGGUAUCUGUAAUACAAUUUUAUAGUGAACACUGUUCUCUUUAAUAAGGCACAUUAACUUUCUCCUCCUCAUAGAUACUGUGUUUAAUUUAAGCACCUUAGUCUUUCUCAAAAGAUUCAAGUAAAAAACUUAAAAUAAAAUAUAUUUUAAAAUAUUA